AUGCGAGCACACCACCUUUUCCAAAGGAUAGCUGAGAACCCUCGGUCCGUGGACGAGCUUCUCAAGGCCGCCACUACUGAAACUGAUACGCAAGAGACCGAUGAUGACCCCUACGUUGUCGCCAUAAGGCUGAUGAGCUGCUUAGUAGAGGCGGCAUCACAGGGCUCAAUCGAGAUAUUUCGCCUCCUCUGGCCGGCCAUCAUCAAAGCUGCAGAGUACCAUGCAAAACGCAAUCCCUACGACCGCAAGGUCCAUAAAAAGGCACAAACAUUGCUGGUAUGGGCGUACCAGUGUGCAAUCGAGGCCUCGUUCGCUGUGGCGCUGGUCAAGGGGUAUCAGGAUAUUUCACAGCACAUCCUCUAUCAUUUCAAGAAUCCCUUUUACGGAUGGAGGCCUGGCAAGGCUGCGCCCGAGGAAUGGAGAGAGGAAUUCCGCUCCAGCACCCUAACCAUGCUCCUGCGUCAUGCAGCUGCAUAUGGGGACAUGGCGCUGGUUCAGCAUAUCCUAAACAACGAGGACAUCAAGCCAAAAGACCUGGAAUCGGCGAUUUGCUCCGCAGCCCGCGAAGAUUGUCUCGAUACGGUGGAGAUGAUUGUUGCGCAUCUCAUGACCAUGGAGAAGGGUGAUCCGAGGAGUAUCUGGGGGUCAGCGGAGCUGGGGAGACAUCCCACAAUUGACGAGCAGCGUUUGGAAGUUGUGGGGUUUGCAUUCACGUUCUGGCCGAGCAAGACCAGGAUACAUGGGCAGCGGAUUCUGCUGGGGUUGUUCUUCAAGUUGGUCCAUGUGGUGUAUGUGGCGACGCCGGACUGCGAGGAUGUAAUGGCGAUCCGGCGGGCGCUGCAGGAAGAAUGGGCGCUGUUGCUUUCGAGGGAGCAGUGCUUUAAGUUUUUGGAGAUGGGUAUGCCUCCUAAAAUUAGGGCUUCCAUGUUCAAGAAUCUGAGGGCCAUCGACCACAAUAUGCCCCCGGACUCAAUACUUAUCAAGACGGAUGGAGAGCCGGUUGUUGCCCAUAAGGAUAUUCUUUGCUAUUGGUCCAAGUACUUUGCCGGACUAUCAAGGCAUGCCUGGGCUGACAAUGGAGCCGUGGAUUUUGGAUAUCAUAUCCAUCCGGCUGUUAUGACGUCCGUUCUUAAUUUCAUGUACUGUGGGGAGUACGUAGACGUCGAAUGCGAUAACAAGCAGGAAUUCCUCUCUCAACUCUGGGAGGCGGCCGACUACCUCCAGAUCGACCUGUUGAAGGAGAAAGUCGGACUCUUGUUGGAUCAGGUCGAGGAAGAGGAGGAGGAGGAGCUGUGA